CACUACUAAAAGCAAAAUAAGAAGAGCAUACAGGCUAUCCACGUCGGAUUUUUUAUUUGGCCAAUCAGGUUCUUUUUUUUUUACACGUCAGACUCGGGUUUGCCUUUUGCCCGAAGUCGAGUAAGAGAUUUCGUGGGCUUCUGAUUUCUCUUUGGGCUUUAAGUUUGAUUCGGGCUUCUUUGUGUUUUUUGUGUAUCGCGAGGAGAAUCAUUUAGGUGAGCCGACAUCUAAACGAGAAGCUUCUCCUCACCAUUACCGCUUCGUGUUCUUCGAUCAAAAAGAGAACCGUAGAUUCCAUCGAUUCAAUCCUAAGCUAUCAAUAGUUCCGUUUCGAUCAAUCAAUACCCCUUCAUUAUGAUUUCUUUUCACCUCCCUCUUUUCCUCCUCUUAUAUAAUUGAUCUUCCUUCUCCGUAGAAUGCAAAACCCUAGAAAAACUCAGAUCUCAAGAUAUGGCGAUGAAACGAAAUGGAAAGUCUCCUGCGUCUUCCGAGUCUGACGAAUCAGUGAUGUUCUUCAGAGAUGUCUCUCUCGGUCCCCAUGAAACCCGGUUGCGAUUCCGACUCAUCCAUUUCUGGGAGGCUCAGAACCCGGUGAAGAAGACCCUUAUUGGUCUGGAAAUGCUUCUCAUCGACGAGCAGGGAACUGUCAUUCAAGGAUUCAUCCCACCAGGUCGUAUUAAGAAAUACCUGCCUGAGAUGAAGCGAGGUUCAGUUUACGAACUCAUCAACUUCUACGGAUCGAAGAACAAACCGAUGUAUCGGGUUGCUGAUCAUAUCGCAACCGUGUCCUUCGCAUGGAACUCUGAGUUGUCGGUUCUUCACGACAUUCCAAUCCCUUUUGAUGAAGACCGUUUCAGGAUGCAUUCGUAUGAGGAUUUUGAGGCCAACUGUGAUCUCAAAGGUGACCUCUACGAUGUUCUUGGCCACAUGAAGCUGGUUGAUGGACAGGCUCUUACCGAGCGUCCCACCAUUGAUGAAGCGAAGCUCGCUACCACUCGGCACAUUAUGGUUCACGUGCAAUCACAUGAAGGACCUGUUAUGAAGCUUUACCUCUGGGACCAGGCAGCAACGGACUUCUGCAAGAAGUUUAAGUCCUAUGAAAACACUCCCACAGUUCUUUUGGUCACAGCUGUUAACACUAAACGUCUCGGAGGUAACCUGGCACUGAGUUCUAUGUCUCCCACACGGGUUUUCAUGGACUAUGAUGUGCAACCAACAAUUGAUUACUUCGCGUGGCUCUCCUCGAACCCAGAGAUUGCUAAGCAGGUUAGUGCAGAGGUGGUCACUAAGCGGGAGACGAUGACCAUAUCUGACAUCUUCUCCUACAUGACUCUGGAAUCUGCAAAGGAUGCCUUUUUUGAGUGCACUGCCACGAUUGAUGAUGUGGUUCAUGGAUCUGCUUGGUACUAUAUUGCAUGCACUGGGUGUCAUAGUAAGGCUACCAAAGGCGCAAAUUCAUUGAUUUGCACGAACCCAAGAUGUGUGAAGGAUACCACAGCUGGAGUUGCACAGUACCGUGCAAAGAUUUCGGUCUAUGACAGCAGUGAACAAGGUUUCUUUGUCCUGCUUGGUGAUGCUGGUUUUCAGUUGACUGGGAGGCAUGCAUCUGAGUUGGUCAGCAGCUACUUUGAGGCCAAUAAAGACAAAGGUCCUGACCAUGAAGUGCCUGUCCCGGAAGCUCUGAUCAGCAUAGUCGGACAGACCCAUAAGUUCUGUGUAAAAGUUACAGACCACAACUUCUCUGGCAACACCCGAGCAAUCACUGUGACCAAGAUCCUCCCUCCGGAGACAUCAUCACCCACAAAAGGCUCCGUUGAUAACGCUAUUGCUGCAACAUCCAUGGAAGCAGUGCAGACUGGAAGUGAAGUGUGUGGGCCUUCAAAAAGCCGUGGAGAUUCUGCAGAUGAAGAGAGUAAGAGAACGUUUGACAGUGUUGAUCCAGAGAAAGUCAAACGGGCAAGGUGUGAGAAAUAAUGAUUCAGUUCGAUAAUUCUUAAGUCUUUGCAUUGAACUUCAAGUACUAUGUUGGUUUUUGCAAGUUUGCUUCAGUUUGGUACUAUUUUGGUUUUUAACAACACUUUGCUUUGUUUCUUUUCAUUUCAAACUUUGGAUUUUAAUCGAUUAAACUAUCCUUCCUAUAUAGUUUACUCAGAUCAAUUGUUUUCAUGUUUAAAUUCCUUUAUAUACACCAACUGAUUUGGCCUCAUCAAUAUCUUGCUAGACUUAUUUAUUUCCAUAAUCCAUACACAAUUUGAACUCCACGUAGCCAUCACACACGCAUAUCACACAGCAUGAAGAUUUUAGAAUAUUUUACAUUUAUGAAAUUUCUUAAAAUCCCAUAUUCCUUAUGAUCCUAUAUUUAUGUUAAAACCAAGCUAAAUAGGAAAGUAAUAAAUUCUCCUUAAGAAAGUUUGCUUCGGACAUUAUAAUCCCAUAUUACUUAUGAUCCUUAGGAAGGAAAAAAGACAGAAAAUCAAACUCUCCCAAUUAUUCACUUGCGUUAGAAAGAAGGAGACUCGAGAAAGACAAAGACCUCAUCUGUUUCUUCUACACUUCCAAGCAAUAUUCGUCUGGAACAAGUUGGUGGUGCGGAUCUCUGUUUUACCGGUAUGGAUAGCCUCCCCAAUAAUCAGCCCAUUGAAGUGUCAGGUAAAUACCAAAUCCCUGCAUGAUUCUCUUAAACAAAAGAAAAUUAGAAGCAUCCCGUAGCGUUUAUAAUUAUUUUUUACCAAUGAGUAUGAAUAUCCAAACUAUAUUUAACCACAAGUUGGUUUGGAUGGCAGUUCUACUCAUUCGGCAUAGAAAGUUGCAAAGCAACAUUAUAAUUCAAAUUUUUUAUAUAAGAACUAUCCAGAACGUUUUAUAAGACUAAAUAAAUAAUACAAUGUCAUCCUUAUAAUUUUUUACGUUUUUUACUACGUUGGAAUUAUUCCUUAUGAAUAGAAGGGAUGAUUCUAUAGUCAAUGAUAUAUAGUGGCUAUGUAAAUCACGUUUUGUAAAAAACCAGUAUAUUGUAUGCUAAGUUGCUUCGUCUAUACAGACAAGCUUUAAUUAUAUAUAUACUUAAAUAUCACGAAUGUUAAUUUCAAUUUUUCACGAAAAUAGUAUAUAUAUUAGUUUCCCAGUCUUCACAGCGAUAUGUCUCGAGUUUUUUUUUUAGUUUGAGUUUUAAGGACUUGAAAGUUAUAUAUAUAUAUAUAUAUAUAUUUAACUUACAUCAAAAGUAAUAUACAAAUACUGUGUUUCAGUGCCGUGCGAAGGUUUUUGGAGGCCCGAGGCGAGUUAAAUAAAUUUUACAUGAUUUUUUUUUUUGAAAAUAUUUUUAUUUAAAUUCGAAUUAUAUAAAGUUUUUUUUUUGAAAAAACAUAUAUAUAUAUAUAUAUAUAACACUAAAAAGUUUUGAUAUAUUACCUUAACAUUUUCUAAAUUUUUAUAAACUAAAAACCAAACUAUAAAUUUUUAGCGUUUUGGAUUGAAAUGUUGGUCGCUGUUAAAAAUUUUAAUAUUAGCAUUUAAAUUAAAUACAAUAAACUAUAUAUUCAAAAUAUUAUAAAUUUUUAAUCAAAUUCUAUAAAUAUAUAAAAUAAAUUUAACUCAUAAUAUAUACAAAGAAGACAAAUAUGGAUCAAAUAUUUAUAGUUAAUUUGAAAUAGAAUCUUUAUAGUUUUAUAUAAAAUAUUGUAAAAUUGAUCACAAAUUAGUUAUUUUAAACACAAGUCAAAUUUAGAAUCAAAUAAUAAUAAAAAUCUAACUAAAAAAAUACAUUAAAUAUCAAGUAAUUUUUUUUUUUUGUAAUUAGGGGCCCUAAAUAUUUUACAAAAUUUGGGGGCCGUAGGCGAAUGCCUUUUUAAAUCCAUGUGUGUAAUAAAUAUAGUUAGAAAUUCAUGUACCUUAUUACAAUUUUUAAAUCGAAUGUUUUUUAGUGACAUCUUCAAUGCAACACAUUCCCCAAAGAAUCCACGAACUUCAAGAAGGGGUUUCAGUGCGUCCUAUCAUAGUAUGUAUAAGAAAUGUUUGGGACAUCAAAAAACACCAAAUAGAUAAUACUCGAACUUCCAUCGGCUUCCUGUGCUACGACCACCACGUAAGCCUUUUCUAAACUUCUAUAUAUAUAUAUAUAUAUAUAUAUGUUUUCCAAUCCACCAUAUUUGAUUUAAAUAACUCACUGCUUACUUAAUUGGAUUGGCACACCAAAAUUUGAUCACACCCAGGGACAACUAUUAGAAGGUCGGGUCACCGGAGACAUUCAGCCAGAUGAUCCAAAAAACUUAACCGAAGGAGAUACAUAUGAGUUCUCGAGAUUUUCUGUCAUACAUAAUUCCCGACAACGGAAACUCACCCAACUGCCUUACAAUAUUCAGAUCAACCAAAAGACAAUAGCAUUGAAUGUUACACUCGAUUGUCCGAUAUUUCCAGUUCACAGUUUAUCUCCUCAGAAAUACAGAAAUCUAUUGCGGUUGGCCAUUUUGCCCACACACUUACCAGGUAAAUAUGUCAUCCCAGUAUUAAUUAAACAAAUAUGUAUAUUUAUUCUAAAAUAAAUGUGCAGAUGUCGUCGGACAGAUAGUCAUAAUACAAAAAAUAAAACCUCACCACCCGGAACUCAAUAUUGAUGCCACGAUUGGCCUACGGCUGAACAGGUUAGUUUAACACAAUAGUUAACAACAGAAUAAUUAUUAUCUUCAUACCACAUCUCUAUCUCAGGUCAACGAUCGUCAAACUCAUAUUGUGCGACAAGCAAGCAGCAGAUUUUAGCAUCCUAUAAAGUAAGAAAGAUAGAAAAUUUAAAGUUAUGAUCGUCACAAGCUUAAUUCCUAAACUAAUCCAAGGUAAAUAAUUCUAUAUAACACAUCAAAAAAUCAUACAUAUAUAAUUUUUUUAUUUAACAGCAUAAGAAUAAUAUCCAAUAUUUUGCAGGCAAACUUAUACUCCGUUCAACACCAGCAACAAUUUUCUACUUCAACAAAUCAAUUGAUUACAUAAAGCAUUUCAAAAGGCGAAUAAGGGAUUACGCAAAAACAUGCAGCACGGAGUGACCCUAUUUCAUGCAUCAUUCGGAUUAUUAUUCUCUCUCUCACAAAUUUGAUACCUAGAUUUAUUUUCAUAUAAAAUUGUUUUAUGAUUCCUUUCCUUUAAAACCCUACUUCUAUAUAAUACUUAAAAAAGGCGAUGUCUAGAUGUGAUUGAGCAAGAAGAAAGAAUAAUAGAUGAUGAAAUUUCAAAUAGAUUUUAAAGACCUUUAAUUUAUGUAAUAUUACAAAACUCCAAAUUCGUUUAUUACAAUAAAAAUUUUACCAACAUAUAUAUUAAAAUAAUAUUCUGAAACGAUAUUCAACUGUAAGUUUUCAACAAUUACACGUUUAAAAAAUAUUAUUAAGUAUGCUUCGUUUUUUGAAAAUUGGGUGUUUAUAUAUUAAAUAGGUUAUUGGAAUACUUUUUCUUUUGCUGAAUUUAUUCGAAAUAAGACUCCGACCUUUUGAAAUAAGAGAAUUUAUGUUAUAUACAUAAAUUCAGGACAAAACUCUAAAAUUUAUGUUAACGAUUAUCGAGGAUCAGGUGCUAACAACCGUCACACUCCAAGAUCAUAUUGCCCUGAUUGCUAAUUUAUUAUAAUGUAGAGCACCUACAAAAAUUGUACUAAUAAUCACUAUUUUAUAUGCUAUGUAUCAAGAUUUAACAUGAUGGAAUCUUAAUCUAAAAGGCUAUGCGAAGAUAUCAAAUAUUAUUUUAA